CGCCGUCGGCACGCCCCCCCUUUUUCCCCUCCGAAACGCACGUCGCCAUAGCAUCGCGUCGUCGUCGUCAACCCCAGCGGAGUUCGAGCGCAGCUCGGUUCCCCCUCUGCAACACGAACCCCAAUCGUUGAUGGCGACGGUGGGCCCGCUCUCUUCUUCUUCUCGCCACCACCCAUCAGGACCCGCCUCCAAAUGAAUGGCGAGAGCCGCCUUGCGACAACUCGUCCGUCUUAGAAGCACCGCCUCCACUUCGAGAUCGAGCCUCGUUUUCUUUUCCUCGCAUUCAUGCCAAUCUUCCUCAGUUGAGGACAGGGACAAUUCCCUGUUCGAUUCGAGCCUCAAGCUUCUCGAGACCUGUCGAAGCGCUCGAGAGCUGCUUCAGAUUCAUGCUCGGUUGAUCACUUCGGGCCUUAUCCGCAAGGCAGCUCUGUCCAGCAGAGUCCUGAGGGUACAUCUGGAGCUGGGUCACGUUCAAUACGCGAUCUUGACUUUUGGGUACGUACAUUCUCCGAGUACUUUCUGCGUCAAUACCGCGGUUGAAGCUUACUCGGUUAGCUCGGUGCCGAGUGAUGGUGUUCGGUUGUAUUUUAAGAUGCUGAGGCGGGGGGACUUUAUCCCGAACAGCUACACUUAUGUGCCGCUCCUCGGUUGUUGUGCUAAGAUUGGUUGUGCUGGAACCGCAAGGAAGUGCCACGGGCAAGCUGUUAAGAAUGGGGUUGACGGGGUGCUGCCAGUGCAGAACUCGCUGAUUCACAUGUACGGUUCUUGUGGGGUUAUUGAGAUUGCUCGGAUGUUGUUCGAUGAAAUGCAGCAGAGGGAUUCGGUGUCUUGGAACGCUACUCUGUAUAUGUAUGUCAGAAUAGGUGAUUUGGUGUCCGCACGCAACAUAUUUGUCAAAAUGCCUGAGAAAAAUGUGGCUGCAUACAACAUCUUGAUUGUCGGGUAUGUGAAGGGAGGAAGUCCUGGGGCUGGGUUGAAAUUGUUUCGAAAUAUGAUGUCCAAGGGAGUGACAGCCAGCAGUAGGACUAUGGUUGGCGCAGUUAUGGCUUGUGGAAGGUCGGCCAGACUGAAAGAUGGGAAAUCAGUUCAUGGCUUUCUCAUCAAGAACUUCUUGGAAUCGAAUAUCUUGAUAGACACAGCUUUGAUAGAUAUGUAUAGUAGGUGUGAACGGGUGGAUGUGGCGUGCAAAUUGUUUGACGAAAUUGAGGUAAAGAAUCCAGUAUGUUGGAAUGCCAUGAUCUUAGGGCAUUGCAUCCAUGGGAAUCCAACCGACGGGAUAAAACUAUUUGAAGAAACAUUAGGUAGACUUAGGUCAGGCAAUUCUAGCAAAAAGAAAAGGAAAAAACGGAAAAGAAAGUGGUUGGUGUUGGCGGAAAGGCGAGAAGUUUUUCCAGAUGAAGUUACUUUCGUUGGUAUUUUGUGUGCUUGUGCACGCGCCGGACUACUGGAAGAGGGCAGAAACUACUUCAGCAAAAUGACCAGUAGUUUUGGGAUCAAACCCAAUUUCGCACAUUACUGGUGCAUGGCCAAUCUGCUUUCUGGAGCUGGGCUCGUUCAGGAAGCAGAGGAGAUACUGAGGUGCAUGCCUCAAGAUGACAACGACAUGUCAUCACAAUCCUCUUCGUGGGCUACCUUGCUGUCCUCAUGUCGCUUCAAGGGCGCUGUGGCGGUGGGGGAAAGGAUAGCACAGUCGCUUAUCGAGAAGGAUCCUCAGAAUUUCUCGUAUUACCAGCUGUUGCUAAACGUAUAUGCAGUGGCUGGUCAGUGGGAAGAUGUUGUCAGGUUGAAGGAUGUGAUGAAGAAAAAAAACAUUGGAAGGAUACCACAGUGCGGUCUUGUAGACUUGAACGAUAUUGUUCAUCGGCUCAGAGUGAGUGAUAUUUGGCAAGAAGAGAUGCAGAUUGCACAAGGGUCAAAUUAAGGAAACAACUUGAUGAGUGACCUGACUUUGAAUUUGAGCGGCCACCAAUACAAAUCUGCAGCAAUGUACAUUGAAGCGGCAAUUUUCGUACCAUAGGAGACCGUCUUCUGGCCAGAUGGAAUUUUGCAUUUGUAGAGGAACUAUGUGGAAGAUGAAAUCUCGCCUUCACACUACUUGAUACAUGUCUGAAUUCAUUCAUAAGCAGCUUGCCUAUCAAGGAAGUUCGGGCGUGAGGCAUUCUAUCCGGACAGCGAGCGACAGAAAUUCAGAGUGUUCACGGUAUUCGAUUGAGGAUUUACACCAACUGCUGCCUUAGUUCGCCCUCAUUUUUUACUCAUAUAUUUAAGAGUGGUAUAAUGAAAUGAAAUUAUUCUCAUAUUUUUUUUCUUGAUGGUACGAUUUCCAAAAUUGAUUAUGGGGGGAAAUUUCAAAUAUGGGUAUGAAGUAGAACCGUUUUCUUAGAAGAUGGUCUAAUGUGAACAUUGUCGGGCUGAAGUGGCCAAUUAAGUGGCAAAUAAGGGCCAGCUGGCCACAAUAACACUGACAUAUUUGUCAAGAUAGUUUUUUUCUUUUUCUUUUUGUUUUUCUUUCUUCUUUUCUCUCAAUUUCUUUUUCUUCUCGCACACUGGCCGACAACGGCCAGCUCCUGGCUGACUUCCUCCGUGACCCUGCCACGUCUUUAUCAGGGUUGGCAUCGACGAAAACGUCGAGAAAUUGCUGUGACUAUGUCCUCGGCAUCGCCAACAUGGUGGACUAGAGGGCAUUGGCCGCGAGGGAGCUGGGUCGGGAGGAGCUGAGAAGUGCUGGGCUGAAGAUGCUGACAAGGCAGGUCAUACGGAGGCAGAUUGAGAAGCCGAAGCGAGUCUCGACGAGCCAGUGGGACAACCCAUGGCUGACAGCGUCCAGGUUCAGUACGCAUACCUCAACAGCCAUGGAUGGUCAACACAAAGUUCAGUCAUUGCAUCCACACGCUCAGUCAUUGAAGAAUCUAUGGAGGUUACUAACACAAUCUCUCUCCAUAGAGAUAGCAGAUAUGCUUAAGAGGAAAUUACUCAUCUAUUAACUGCUUUAUUGGAGUGAGAGAGAGAGGGGAAUGCAACUCUCCAUGAGAAUGUUGCGCCUCCGAGUUGAUAGGGUGUUGGAUAGCAUUGUCUUUGCUGUUCAGGGUGAAGAUGCCCAUGUUGAUUCAAGGCAAAAGCUCGAGUUUGGAUCCAAUCUGUCAAAGCCCUUUGGUGAAGCCUGGGGAAUUAAAGUUCUGUAAUGCUAUGUUGAAUCAUUCUUUUACUGGUCUCUUGAUGGAUUUAUUCAAUUUGAGAA